GCCGACUCCCUCCGAAAAUCGUGUUGGAAAUAAGGACGAGAAUAAAUUUAGGAAGAAAUGAGAGUGUGCAGAGCAGCAGCAGGGGAGGUUUGAGGUUGAUGUGCUCAGAAAGGUAGACGCGCAAAGACGGACAGUCCAGAAAAGUUACUGAUGCAACGACACUGUUGAAGAAACCGGAGCAGAUUGACUGGGUUUGCUUUUGUUAUUUUUAUUUUUAUUUUUAACUUAACAUCAACUAAGAGAGUCUGCAGUCAUGAGAAAGUCUUCAUACCCAGCUCGAUCAGCCAGCGCUCGAGUGAGGAAGACAGAAAAAGAAGGAAGCAGCGUCCUUAGUUCCACACUGAAACGGUCGUUUGAAGUGGAGGAAGCAGAUGCAGUCACAAACCCAUCACCCCUGUCCCGUCGUGCCAACACCCCCCUUCGCUCAUCUUCAUCGUCUUCAUCCAGCCAGCGGAGCUAUGAUCUAAGCUCUCGCAACUCUGACCUCUCCUCCUCCAGAUCGUCUGAGUCAUCCAGCCUACGUUCCCCAAAAAGCGGUAUGAGGCGCAUCGACUUAUCAGGGGGUCGCAACCCCGAUGCUGCCUCCCCCCGUCGCACAGAAAUGUCCAUAGAGGUCUCCUCCAAGCAGAUUGACAACUCGCCCAGUGCUGGAAUAGCCCGCUUUGGGCUUAAACGUCCAGAGGUGAGUCUGAGCAGCAGGAGUAACCCCCUGGAUGGCACCACCAACUCUAUUUCCAGCACCACCAACAGACGAGCGGAGCUUAGCACCACCCGAGCCCAAGAGCCCCCUGCACCUCCCAGGAGGAUGGAUGCUCAGCUGUCAUCAGGCCCAGGCUCGAGGAUUCCCGAGCCUCCUCAGAGAAGGGCAGACCCCGUCUCCCCUAACCUCAGCACAGUUGAUGGCAUCUUCAGGAAGUCAGAGAUGCCUGCCGUCAGACAUCCGGAUAAUUUAGUGCCAAACAAUCCAGCUGAGAACAACCAUCCACCUGCUCCCAGUGCUCCCCUGCCUUCUCUGGCAGACUCUAGGGGGGAUAGGGUGCAGCCACCUGAAACAGAGCCAGCCACGAUCCGGUCGACUGACAGACCGGAAGUGUCAUCCAGCUACAGCAACAGUGCCAUGUCUGAGACGGUGGUGCCUGACACGAUGAUGUCUCCAGCAGUUGGCAGUCUGUAUGGAGAGAAGACUGGUGGUCCAGUGGUGGACUUCAGUUAUGUAGGUAUUGAUGCUAUUCUUGAGCAGAUGAGGAGGAAAGCCAUGAAACAGGGAUUUGAACUCAACAUUAUGGUUGUUGGACAAAGUGGCCUGGGAAAGUCUACUCUGAUGAACACGCUGUUCAAAUCCAAAGUCAGCCGAAAGUCUGUGCUGGCUACAUCCCAGGAAAAGAUCCCCAAAACAAUUGAAAUCAAGUCAAUCAGUCAUGACAUCGAGGAAAAGGGAGUGAGAAUGAAACUGACAGUCAUCGAUACACCCGGCUUUGGAGACCAGAUCAACAACGAGAACUGCUGGCAGCCCAUAAUGAAGUUCAUCAACGACCAGUAUGAAGCGUAUCUGCAGGAGGAGAUCAACAUUAACCGAAAGAAGAGGAUCCCAGAUUCAAGAGUUCACUGCUGCAUAUAUUUUAUACCCCCAACUGGACACUGUCUGAGACCACUUGAUGUAGAAUUCAUGAAGCGCCUGAGUAAAGUCGUCAACAUAGUCCCAGUCAUCGCCAAGGCUGAUACCCUCACACUGGAGGAGAGAGACUUCUUCAAAAAGAAGAUCAGGGAAGAACUGCGAUCCAAUGGGAUCGACGUUUACCCCCAAAAGGAAUUUGACGAGGACGCAGAAGACAGGAUGAUCAACGAGAAAAUCCGGGAGAUGAUCCCGUUUGCUGUGGUAGGAAGCGAUCAAGAAUACCAGGUCAAUGGCAGGAGGCUCCUGGGGAGAAAGACAAAAUGGGGAACUAUUGAAGUUGAGAACAUAGCCCACUGUGAGUUUGCCUACUUACGAGAUCUUCUUAUCAGGACACACAUGCAGAACAUUAAGGACAUCACCAGCAGCAUCCAUUAUGAAAUGUAUCGUGUGAGACGCCUCAAUGAGAGUAACACAGCAGUGACUCAAGCCAACGGUAUCCCUGAACACCACCUGUCCACCCAUGAGAUGUAAACACCAACCUGCUCCAAAGGCAUUAGCAUACGUUAGCGAUGAGACUGCGAUCCUCAGCAACAGCCUUCCCACCUCUUCCACCCCCACGUCCCCGGUGGGACAAAAACUUCAAAGUCUUUCCAGAGGGACUUUGUGUUUAAUGACUUCCUGCAGCUCACAGGACUCUUCAUGUCAGCUUAGUGCCUUUUUUUUAACCAAACCUUGUUAUCUCAGUUGCUGACAAAGAUGGUGAGGAGAAUGCACCGGCUUCAGAAUGUGCUGCAGUUUGACUUUUUCCGGCAUUCGUACCUUAACAGUUAACAUUUGUGGUGCCAAACAAGAUAGAAUGACACUCAAUGUUCUUCAGUGUCAGGUUUGUCUUAAACAGUAAAAACAACUAAUUUCAUCCAUGUCUUUUUGCAAGUUUGAUGAUUUCUUCAUGCCUUUUGAGGACAUUUUACCACACGGGUUUAUUUUAUUUUAAUUUUUUUUUUUUUUUUUAAUGCAUGUGUGAGAAGCGAUCAUUUGUUUUUACAAUGAUUCAGUCACUGCUUGUUCUGUUGGAAGAGGGCCAGGCAGCUCUUUCCUAACACAUGCAGCUAUCAGUCUAUGAGAUGCUGCAUCAUUCAGCUCUCCCCUCAAAAAUACACCAAAUAUCACAUCAUAUAUCUAUCUUUUUUUUCCCCUCACAACCUCUGCCUGAAUUUUUCUUAGAUGGUCAAAUCCCUUUAAACACAGGUGCCAGAUUUUUGACGCCUUUUUAAGAAUCCCACCUGUAGAUGUCAUUGUUUUAUUGAUACAAAUUUCUAAAGAGUGAUUUACGAUGAAAAAGUAUCUAUGCACGUUUUAAAAUGUGAAUGUUUUUGUCUUUAGUUGUGGUCCACACUUAUUCCCCAAACAUAUGCAGCACACGCAUGGUUUUCCUUCCAUGAGGUCCACUGCAGUGCUUUAUUUAUGGGAGAGAAAUGUACAAGCGUGCUGGCACAAACAGAAAAACUGUUUGUUUACGGUGGAAUUCAUUUGAACAUGUUUCGGUCCUCCAGCAUCAUUUAUUCAGUAAAGAAAAAAUGUUUGUUUUUUCUAUUUUUCUAAUGUACCAAUAAUGUGUCUUUCAUUCAUAUAUAAUUCUGUAAGCUGCCACUCCUCUGCCUUGUCUUGUAUAUUCUUGUGUUCUGAUACAUUUUUUUGUACUUUUAUUAUAACAAAAUCUCCUCUACCUUAUUUUAAAGAAAUAAAGAUUGAAGUUGUAAAUA